CCCUUGCUUGCAUCGAUUGGCGGGCCGCCCUUUUGAUACUUUAUCCAGCUGCAUUGACGCAAGUGCAUGCUGCAAUAAAGCUAGAGGAGAAAAAAUUCGGAGGCGUGUUGCUCUUGAGGAACACUGCUAUCUGAGUUUACUCCCCUUUUGCUUUUUCUCCUUUUUCUUCUCAUAUCUCAUCAGAAUUCGAAAUCUCGCCCCUGUUUGGCUACAACAAUCUUGAGCUCCGCCAGCCAUGGCGGACUUGUUCGACGUUUUCGACGAGCAGCCAGAGGCGCCGGCGGUCGGCCUCGAUCGCAACUCGUCUGAUACCAAAACCAAAAAGACUAAAAAGUCCAAACGGGAUAAGAGCAAGGAUAAGAGCAAAAAGCGCAAGGCUGACGGUCAUGUGAAAAAUUUGGGUGCUCAGGACAACGGUGCCGAGGCGCAGCCUGAUCCUCAAGAGGACGUUGAAAUGGCUAACGGCACCCAGCCGUCCACCGGUGACGCCGGCUCAGAGGAGUCCUCUUCGGAUGAGCACCAAGACAUCAAGCGACGGAAGAAGGAGGGCGAGGCCGAUCCGAUCCUUACCGACACCUUCGAAACUGCCCAAUCGAGACAGGUUGCAGCAGCGGAGGGCUUCGGCACCAAGGAGGAGGAUUCACUCGUGCUUUCACACAACAUCCAGCAUCAAGUUGCCUUGCCGCCGGAUCUCGACUACGUCUAUGUUCCUUUGUCAGAGCACAAGCCUCCUGAGGAACCCGCCCGAAAGUAUGCAUUCAAGCUCGACCCCUUUCAGAGCAUAUCAGUUGCUUCGAUCGAGCGUGAUGAGAGUGUGCUGGUUUCCGCGCAUACCAGUGCUGGAAAGACUGUCGUUGCCGAGUAUGCAAUUGCGCACUGCCUCAAGAGAAAUCAGAGAGUCAUCUACACGAGCCCGAUCAAGGCACUCAGCAACCAGAAGUUCCGCGACUUCCAGGCCGAGUUUGGCGAUGUUGGUUUGAUGACUGGUGAUGUCACCAUCAACCCGACCGCCAGCUGCCUUGUCAUGACGACAGAAAUUUUGCGCUCCAUGUUGUACCGCGGUUCAGAGAUCACUCGCGAGGUGGGCUGGGUUGUUUUCGACGAAAUCCACUACAUGCGCGACGCGACUCGAGGUGUCGUGUGGGAGGAGACCAUCAUCAUGUUGCCUGACAAGGUCCGCUAUGUGUUCUUGUCGGCCACAAUCCCGAAUGCUUUCCAAUUCGCCGAAUGGAUAGCCAAGAUCCACCGACAGGCCUGUCACGUUGUUUACACCGACUUCCGCCCAACCCCCCUCCAGAACUAUGUUUUCCCCGCUGGAGGAGAUGGCAUCUACAUUAUGGUGGAUGAAAAGGGCGUGUUUAGGGAGAAGAAGUUCAUGGAAGCCAUUGGCUCCAUCGCUGGGAAAAACGACGAUGACGAUUCGAUGCCGCGCCAGAAGGGCAAGGGCAAGAACAAGAAGGCUGUAAAGAACACCGUACCGGACAGCAAGGCAGACAUCACCAAGAUCAUCAAAAUGAUCAUGAGGAGAGCCUACCACCCAGUCAUCGUCUUCAACUUCAGCAAGCGCGAAUGCGAGAACCUUGCCCUCAAGGUGUCAACAUUAAACUUCAAUCACGAGUCAGAGCAAAAGCUGGUCGAGGAUAUCUUCAGGAACGCUAUUAUGUCACUAUCUGAAGAGGACCAAGGCCUUCCUCAAAUCCAGCACCUGCUUCCGCUGCUUAAGAAGGGUAUCGGUGUCCAUCACUCUGGGCUCUUGCCCAUCCUGAAGGAGACCAUCGAGAUCCUCUUUCAGGAAAACCUUAUCAAGGUGCUCUUUGCCACAGAAACCUUCUCCAUUGGUUUGAACAUGCCAGCCAAGACUGUCGUUUUCAGCCAAGUUAAGAAGUUUGACGGCGUGAAGGAGAGGCCGCUUACACCAUCAGAGUACAUCCAAAUGUCGGGGCGCGCCGGUCGUCGUGGUCUUGAUGAUCGUGGUAUUGUCAUCAUGAUGAUUGACGACAAGCUUGAUCCCGAAACGGCCAAGGGCAUGGUUUGCGGUCAACAGGAUCGUCUAAACUCGGCUUUCCACCUAGGAUACAACAUGAUCCUGAACUUGCAGCGUAUUGAAACCGUAUCUCCUCAGUACAUGCUGGAGAGGUGUUUCUACCAGUUCCAAAACGCUUCUAGCGUGCCAGCAUUGGAAAAGAAGCUGAUAGAGCUGCAGCAACAACGUGACGCCAUGGUGAUCCCUGACGAGUCAACUGUCAAAGAUUACCACACCGUCCGGCAACAGAUUGAAGCGUACAAGAAGGACAUGGAGGCCGUGAUACAACAUCCAAACAACUGCUUGGAGUUUAUGCAACCUGGACGAUUGAUCAGAAUCAAGACCCCGGACGGCGUUGACUUUGACUGGGGAGUUGUGGUCAAUUUUUUGCCGCGCAAGCCUGUCAAGUUUGGCGAGGAGGAGCCGCCACCGCAAGAGUCGUAUCUCAUGGAUGUCGCCUUGUUCGUAUCGGAGGAUAGCAUCUCGCCCCCGCCCCACGCAUCGGUUUCGAAAGAAGGCCACAUCGCAGAUGGUGUCGAACCAAGCGGUUCUGUCGACCAUGGACGGCUUGAGGUCGUGCCAUGUCUCUUGACUUGCAUGGUUGCCAUCAGCCAGAUCCGCAUUUUCAUGCCCAAGGAUAUGGAUCACCUUGGCAAGUCGCAGGUCAGCCAUGGCUUGGAAGAGGUCCAGCGCAGGUUCCCAGACGGAGUACCAAUUUUGGAUCCUAUUGAGAACAUGGGCAUCAAGGACGAUUCUUUCAAGAAACUUAUGCGCAAGAUCGAGGUUCUUGAGUCACGCCUGCUUUCCAACCCUCUCCAUGGCUCGCCGAAUCUCCCAGAGUUGUGGGAUAAGUACAAGAUCAAGACAGAGUUGACGUCCCAGAUCAAGGAGACCAAGAGAGCCAUCAAUAAGUCAUAUAGUAUUGCACAGCUCGAUGAGCUCAAAUCGCGCAUGCGAGUUCUCCGCCGCCUCAACUUCAUCAACGAGAACGAGGUAGUGCAGAUGAAGGCUCGUGUGGCUUGCGAAAUUUCGUCUACGGAAGGCCACGAAUUGGUGAUUUCAGAGCUGCUGUUCAACGGUUUCUUCAAUGAAUUGGAGCCAGAAGUUUGCGCUGCCAUCUUGAGCUGCUUUGUCUUUGACGAGAAGAUGGAGGGCACUCCCUUGAAAGAGGAUCUUGAUAAGCUGGUUCGCGAAAUCCAUGCACAGGCCAAGACGAUUGCACGUAUUAGUCGUGAGAGUAAAUUGGACGUCAGCGACGAACAGGUUGUUGGAAAUCUUAAAUGGCAACUUACGGAAACUGUGUUGGCAUGGGCCAAAGGCAGACCUUUUGCCGAGAUCUGCAAAAUGACAAAUGCCUACGAGGGUUCUUUGGUGCGUAUUAUGCGUCGCCUUGAGGAGCUGUUGCGGCAGAUGGCGGAAGCAGGCAAGGUUAUGGGCAGCGAGAUGUUGCAGAAGAAGUUUGAGAAGGCUCUCUCACUGAUAUCACGAGACGUCGUCUCGGCUGCCAGUCUCUACCUGUGAUAGUAACUCGAAACUCCCUGGGAAGCGAUCGUGUCUGUUGCGGGAAAUGGUUUAAUACGGAGUUAUGGCGUUUUGUAGCUUGGCGCUGGCAUCUACCAAAAUCUUACAAAGUGCUCUACCGUAAACACAUGGCAUGGGUUUGAAGCCUGUCGUUGUCGUAUUGUGUUGUGAGAAGUAUGGCGGUUUCUGUUGUUCCGACUUGCUCACGUACCAAGAUCUUAAUGGGUUUAUAAUACAACCGCACAAUACUAGCCUUUCCCCAGGCACACAUAUGGGUAGAUACAAAGAUCCCAUCCUUUGCAGACGAAAACGGACAAAGAUAUGCUACAACAGUCCCAAAACGCCACGCGCCGCUUUCCAUGACCCCAUCGCCAUCAUGCAUGCUCGCCCGAAAUCGACCUAAUUAAUCCAAUGAUGAGACUCAAGAGACAGCCAAAACUGAUAAACACCUUCCACCUGCGACUGUAAAGCCCCUCCUCGCGCACGAGCCAGCCAAAAGCACCCAGCGGCCAGACGAAGCCGAUGAGCAUGCCCCUGAGCAUGACAUCCACAAAGCCGUUGAUGCCAACCUCGUCCCCGCCAUCGGCACCUGCUAAGCCGUCAGCAUCGCCUCCCCCGCCGUAGCUGCCCAUACCACCUCCGCCUCCACCGGUACCCUGGUUGUUGUCCAUCCACGCGUCUUC